GUACUGAUGCCUAGUCAGAGAAGAAAAAAGAAACAAAAAAGAAAUUAAAUUUGAAGUAUUUAUUUAUUAUAUAUAAACGAAAACACUCAUGCCAGAAGACAGUAGUAGAAGCAAAAAAUUCUCAACCCAUUGUGACUUGUAUUACAAAUUGCAAUAAAAUGGAAGUGAAGGGUAUUGUACUUUUAACAAUAAUUGUUGCAUUAUUGUCCUUCGUAGGAUCAGUUUCAUCAACACAAUUCCUAACUGGCUGCAAUUACACUUGUGGAAAUUCUAAAAUUCCAUAUCCAUUUGGCAUAGGAAAUUCAACAGAACAAGGUAAUGCACCAUGUUACUUGGAUCCUAAGUUUGAGCUAUCUUGUGUAAACAACUCAAUACUAUAUAUAGGUAACUUACAAGUCUUAGAUAUAGACAUCCUCCAUACCCAAAUGGAAGUUUUAUUUUAUGUCUCAAAAUAUUACGGUUACGAAUAUGAAGAAAACACUAAACCAACACUCAACACAGAAUGGUUAAGCAUUUCAAGCAAGGAAAACAAGUUUAUAACUGUUGGUUGUGACAGUUAUGGUUAUCUAGAUAGCACUUAUAACAGUAACACAUAUUCAACAGGGUGUUUAACAAGAUGUCAUGGAAAUGAAAUGUUUGAUAAUGGAACAUGUUCUGGUAUAGGUUGCUGCCAAGUUGAUAUUCCUUCUAGAAUGAGGAACAUCACUGUAGAAGCUUUUUCCUUCAAUGAGUCAUUGUUACCUUCAAGAAUCUGCAGAACCUAUUCAUUUGUUGUUAAGAAUAAUAACUACAGUUUUUCAUCCACUCAUUUGAAAGGUUUACCUUUCAAAGAAGUACCAAUAGUUCUUGACUGGCAUGUAGGUGAGUUUGAAGAUAACUGCAGUACUGUUUCCAAGAAGAACUAUGCAUGCAUGAACAAUAGCUUCUGUGAUGACAAGCACACUGAUUUUGGUUACCGAUGCAAAUGCAACAAAAAUUAUGAAGGAAACCCUUAUCAUCCUGAUGGCUGCACAGAUAUUAAUGAAUGUGAAACACCAAAUCAUGGUGGAUGCAAAAGUAAAGCAAAUUGUAAUAACAGUGAUGGGAAUUACAAUUGUUUCUGUCCUGUGGGGCAAUUUGGAGAUGGAACAAAGGGUGGAACAGGAUGCCAGCCUGUCAAGCCACAUGAUAGAAAUGGAUAUCUAAUGUUACUUACUCUUAUUGGAGUUGGAGCAGUAUUAAUUGUUGUAUUUGUGGGGAUAAUUUUGUACUCAAUAUACCAGAAAAGUAGACUAAUCAAAUUGAAAAAGAAAUUCUAUAAGCAGAAUGGAGGUUCAAUUUUGGAACAGAAACUUGGUCAAAGAAAAGACUCCUCUCAAAUAGCUCAUAUUUUCAGUGAAAGUGAAAUAAGAAAGGCCACUAACAACUAUGAUGAAAGCUUAAUCAUAGGUAGAGGAGGUUUUGGUACAGUUUUCAAAGGUGAACUAGCAGAUAAUACAAUUGUUGCUGUCAAGAAAUCCAAAACAAUAGAUGCAAGCCAAAUUGAUCAAUUCAUUAAUGAGGUGGAUGUUGUGUCUCAAAUAAAUCAUAGGAAUGUGGUCAAACUCUUAGGGUGUUGUCUAGAAACACAAGUUCCAUUGUUGGUUUAUGAAUUUAUUACCAAUGGUACUCUUUCUGAUUUUAUACACACACAAGUUAAGGUGAAUAAUGAAACUUGGAAAACUCGUCUUAAGAUAGCAGCUGAGGUAGCUGGAGCUUUGUCAUAUCUACAUUCAGCUGCCACAAUACCAAUUAUUCAUAGAGAUGUUAAGAGUGAUAAUAUUCUCUUGGAUGGAACCGACACUGCCAAAGUAUCUGAUUUUGGAGCUUCAAGGUUGGUUCCACUUGAUCAAACUGAGGUAGCCACAAUGGUGCAAGGGACAAUUGGGUACUUAGAUCCAGAGUAUAUGCAAACAAGCCAAUUGACUGAAAAAAGUGAUGUCUAUAGUUUUGGUGUAGUUCUUGUGGAGCUGUUAACAGGUGAGAAACCUUUUUGUUUUGGUAGACCAGAAGAGACAAGAAAUCUUGCUAUGUACUUCUUGUCUUUCUUGAAAAAGGGUAGUUUGUUUCAAGUUAUUCAAGGUGGCAUGUUGAAUGAAGGAAACAAGCAGGAGAUCAAGGAGGUUGCUAUUCUUGCAGCUGAGUGUUUGAGAGUUAAAGGAGAGGAAAGACCUACCAUGAAGGAAGUGGCUAUGGAAUUGGAGGGAAUGAGACUAAUGGAGAAGCACUCUUGGAUCAAUGAAGACAUAAAUGUUGAGGAGAGUCACUACUUGCUCAAUGAAUCAUCAUCUAGCAUUUAUGAACAUGGUGAUAGCAGCAAACAUGGAGAUAUUGGGUAUGACAGCUUAAAAGAUCAUGCACUAAUUGUCAUGGAUGAUGGAAGAUGAUUAUCACUAAGAUUUCAUUAUUUUAGAAGUUUUGUGUUGUGUGCAUGUAAUCCAGCUUUUAAUUAUUUUUAUAAGUAAGAAUGUCAAAAUUAUUAUGGAAUAGUCCUAAAUUCCAAUUGUUGGUAUAUUGUACUCUUGCAUCUUGUAGUUUUCAUUGGUUAUGAGAAUGAAUCAUUCAAUAGUUAAUUAUAA